CCCAGUCCUCCAAGAGGCCUUUCACACCCGCACCAUCCGUCACUUCAGCUAAAAGACCCGAGUCAGCUCUUCUCAAACCGGUGAAGGCGCCCAUCGCCCAGCAAUGCCCCUUCGAAUUGGUCAGCAUCGGCGUCUCGCCCAACAUGGCGUCUUGCCGCCUCGGCACCGCCUUUCGCAAGACCAACGAGGGAGCAAAGCGGCCGCCGACGGAGAAGGGGACGAACCUGCGUGGCAAGGAGGAGGGAGAGGGGCGGAGACGGAAGAAACGCAUGACGGUGGCGGUGACGAGUCAGGUGAUGGAGGGAUUGCCGGUGCCCAAGGAAAAGGACAUAUACGAGGAGUUCACCAAGGACGGCAGGGUGCACCUGGCUGGGGCGGGGCUGAUCCAGGAGCUGCUCAAGGCGUCAACUGGGGGAGCCACCGACGCCCAAAAGGUCUGUACGUGCUCCAAGAGACCAACAUGCACCCAUGAAUCGCCUCCAUUUUUUGACUUCAGGUCCCGACUUAUGAGGCUGUCUGUCCGCCUGAUGCGGACAGUGCCAUGCUCCCCCUCCAACAGGAGCCACUCCAGGACGGUGAACGGCGAAGAGACCAAGAGGAAGAGCCUGUCGCCCCACCUCCGCCCCCCCGCACACCCACCCCUCCGCCAUCUGCCGCGCAUACCGGUUGGAGGCGGCAGCUGGAGGUGCUGACGAGCAUAUCGUCUGCAUACGGCUACAGUUGGGGCAAGGAGGGGCCUGUCGGCAAGAGGAAGAGCCGGCCGCCGACGAGCGGUGGGUGGAAGGUGCUGAAGGGAAGGCGCGAGCAGGAUAGGGAUGGGGACAAAAGGAGGGUGGAGGAAAAGGCCACGACGUACACUCCCCGGGCGGUGAGAGAGCGGAUCGCAGACAAACUAAGGAGGUGAGCGGGGAUGAGACGGAGAUUACAGGUGCGAUCCCUUUGCUCUGCUGUUCUGCUGCAGCAUGUUUCCGUCCUGUCGUUUUCUCCUCCGUGAGCUGCUCAUCACACCCGCCGUCUCAAACGCUUCAAUCGUGCACCAACUAGACGACGCACUCCCGUCCGCCUCGCCAGUGAGUUCACAUACACAAACACAUACACAUACACAUCGAUCUCGACGGAAGACCAACUCAUCUUUGCCGUGAUGUCUCCUUUCAGGCGCCUGUUGACCUGUCGCUGGCGACACAGACGGCGCGAGACACGAUCCCGCCUUCCACUCCGCCCACCACUAGGCCGCCAUCGCCCCCGCAGACGUGCCGCCCAUCACACGCCAAGGGGGGCGGCUUCGAGGCGCCCAGGAAUGGCGGCCGCCCCUUCAUGCUCCUCUUCCCGAGAUAUGAUGUCGUUGUUAUGAGUGAGCGGACUGACCGUCGGGAGAGGGGCGGGGGUUUCCAUGGGACGUGAUGAUGCGUUGCCUGUCAGAUGCGCGGCUUCCCCGGACGCGGUGCUGCAACGCGCCGGUUUUGUGCCGUUUUGACGUGUCGGAGGGCCUCAGCAUCGCAUGCACACAGCCAAACUGCCAGAGUAUGCGUUCUUCAACUUAACAACCACACUCCUCACCGAUCCUCUCUUUAAUUCCUCAGUCCCUGCCCUGCCGAUCGAGCCUCUUCCCGUCUCCCUUCGCUACGACCUCUGGGGCUCCCACAUGAAGUACAAUGACGGCCUUCUGCCGCCACUCGGUACCCACUCGCCCCCACAGACGGAGAGGCGGCGACCCCCCUCCGCCCACUCGUCCAGCUGCGCCAGCGACACCCACGAGGACGCAUCGAAUCGGAUGUGGGCCUUCCAGAUGCCCGCCAAGGGGGUGCCCACACAGCAGCAGGGGCGGCUGGGUGUGAGAGGGAAGCAGCUGGGCGAGAGCGCGCCGUCUUCUCCCCGUGACAAGCCGACGAGGAGGGGAGAGCGGCGCAAGAGUGACAACGGGCAGCUGCUGCAGGUCGAACGGCCAGAGAUUGGCGGGGUGGUCGGCAUGUCGAUCGUCCGCAGCUCGGCGACGAUCGACGCCGCCUCGCCAAUUGAGAAGACCGCCGAUAUUGUCAACAAAGAGCAGGAGGAGACAGUCGUGGAGGCGCCGCCACUGGCAGCGCCAGAGCGAGAAAAGGGGAGGCCCGCGACCGCUGCUGCGGCUCCAGGCCGGGAUCAAGAGCGCGCAGAGUCGCCUCAUUUCGACCUCAAUGAGCUCCCGGCCUUUCGCCAUGGCAACCGCACCCCCACCCUCCCUGCCAACCGCGCCAGGCACCCCUCUUUCGCGGCCCUCGAACGAGCAUUGGCAACGGCCGGAGACGAGAAAACGAAACCAUCAGGAGAGGGAGGCAAGAAUGGUGGUGGGGGUGCCAAUGGUGGUGACCGGAGCAGGCACAGCAGCCAGAGUUCGCUGAUCCUCCAUAGCGAUGCAGAGGGGCCGCUGGUGCCCAAGGGUCAUGGCACCACUUCCACCCCCGUGAUAUCCCCGCCCCGCAGCCGGCCGUCGACGCCAUCUCUGUGUGAGGGAGAUGAGAUGGGGCUGCGGGAGAGGCCACGGAGCGCUCCUGACUCGGUGUCACUGAUGAGGAAACGGCUCCAUGAGGUGGGUGGGUGUGGUGUGAGGGAGAGAAAGACAUGGUCUUGUGCCUCAUGAUUGGUAUGGUGUGUGGUUUGUCUCACUUCUGCAGCUCGGUUGGAUGGCUCGCGCCAACACCACAGACACCUACCACACCCCCACCAUCCCCCUGGUCCACCACUUCCCCCCGGCACCCGCCCCACACUCCCCCCCACUCAUCCAAAAUCACCACCUGCACCAGCAGCAGCAACUCAGGGGAGACAUCGAGCCGCCAAGGGGAGAGACAUCUCCCUUAGGCCGCGUGACGCCGUCCUUCCCCCAGCCAGAGCCGUCACAAAGAGAGGAGCAGCCAGGCGGCACAACCGCCCUGGCACUGUCUCUCCCUUUGCCAGUGAACCUCUUCACCCGCAGCAUCCCCGUCACGGCUGCGCAGAAUCAGAGUGCACGUGUGGCCGGCAGACCCACCCCACGGCCGCCGAGGGGCCGCCGGACAUUCCUGCAUUCGCACGAGGGGGCGGCCGCGACGGUCCUUCCCUUGCCGAAGCACCGAUGGGGGAUGCCGCUCGUUCCUCCACUGGCCAAGAUUGCCCGGCCCAACGAAGACCUGGAGCAGGCUGACGAGCAUGCAGAUGAGAGGAGGGGGCUCACUGCGCGGCCGCACACGUCGAGGACGGCAAGGAAGGCCGCCUUGGUUCGUGGGGGUUUGGGAAUUGGGGAUCGGUUUGAGUACCAGCCUUGUGUGGGGGAUCGGCCGCAGACGAGCCGCGUGAGCAAGAAGUUCAGUGAGCGGCCCUUCUACACACCCGUGAGGGAGGCAGGGAGAAAGACAUGCACUGCACUGCACGAGAGACAGACAUGAACGGGGCAAUGUUGCCUGUGUGUGUGCGUGUGUGUGUGUUCAGGAGGUGGUGCACGGCCCUUCGAUGGAAAAGCUCAAGAAGGUAUAAAAGACAUUGCCACCCGGGGACGAUUAGCAAGUGUUCUGUCCUCGUCUGUCUGUGUUGAUUUAGGCGUUUGAGACCGCCCUGACGUACUCGCGACCGGCCGCGCGCCGAUUGACAGAUGGCUAACCCCCCACCCACCGACCUCAGCCCACCCCACCUUCCCUUGGUUACAUAGAACAAUGUAGAGUUUUGACCUAUCGCAGAGGUGCGUGUUGACGCGUGUGUAAGGUUUGUUUUGUGUCUGUCGGUAGCACACACACUUGCUUGG